AUGUCAGCCCCACAGAUCUUUGUCGACGCACAUACCGCCCGUAUAUGUGAGGAGGUCGAGCUGAUGCAUAUCCGCAAACAAGCGGAAGCAUGCGCCCAAAUCUACCCAGAACAAAAAAUAUCUAUAUGGCAGCCUCAGAAAGGAGGAGUUGGCAUUCUGACCUUACCCGCCUUGACAGGCAAGCUAAAUCGGGCCGUUGGAUGUGGUAGGGAUAGUCCAGUGCAGGAAGAUGAUUUGAGAGAGCUAGAGUCGAUCUUUGCUACUAUUGGUCUGGAAUGUGAGAUCCACCUCAGCGCAUUUGCAUCGGGCCCGGAGGCGUUACUUUCCCGGGGAUACACCGAGAAGGCAGUUCUGAGCACCUACUGGUGUGAUGUCAGGGAAUGGGCUAGGGCUAUCCCGGACUGCUCAAGUGACAUUGUGGUGCGACUCGCAAAACCAGACGAAAUGGAUCGGUUCAUCGAGGCAUCCAUUGCAGGGUUUCAAACCAACGGCCGCUCGAGGGAGAUUCUUGGCACACUUGCAAGGCUGGCAGUUCAAAGGCAGGAUAUGCUAUUUUUUGCUGAGGUGAAUGGCCAGAUAGCGGGAACAGCUGCGAUGGCGAUUAUGGAUACUGGCGAUGGGAAAAAAGUGGCACAUCUAUUUCUUGACAGCACGCACCCUGAUUGUCGUGGGCAAGGGGUUCAACUGGCUUUGAUUCAAAAGCGACUCCUAAUUUCCCACCAACUCAAUCUGGAGAUGGCAACCUCAAUAACUCAAGCUGGUGACGGUAGUGCACGGAACGCAGAGCGGGCAGGACUAAGCGUCGCUUACAUAGUCCAGAUCUUUACUGGACCUCGAACAUCCUAA